UUUAUCAAAUUCGACCUGAACUUUGACGGAAUGGAAAAUUUAACAGGUUUUGCACGAUUGUGUGUCGUGUAUUGUUUAGCAGCAUAUGUUGGACAGUGUUUUGGAUUCGAAGAAAAGCCUCGAGUCGGAAUUGUUGGUGCAGGUAUCGGAGGAACAUCUGCUGCCUAUUUCCUACGAGAACUGUUUGGGGAUGAUGUGGAGAUAGAUAUCUUUGAGAAGCAACAUGUUGGUGGAAGAUUAACGCCUGUCACUAUCAGCGGACACAAUUACAAUGCUGGCGGAACAAUCAUUCAUCCGGCAAACUUGUACAUGAUUAAUUUUACAGAUAUUCUUGGUCUUACAAGGGACACAAAACCGGAGCCUGGGCGUCUGGGUAUCUUUGAUGGUGAAGAAAUACUGUUUUCAACAAGCGAUUAUUCAGCCCUUACAAUUGCUAAAUUGAUGUGGCGGUAUGGAAUGGAUGCUUACAACAUUCAGAACUGGGUGCGUGACAAAAUUUUGCAACCACUGACAAGGUUAUACGAGUUUCAAAAAGAAGGUCAUGCUUUUUCAACUGUGGAAGACUUGCUGAAUGCAAUGGAGCCUACUGUUGUUGAGUACUCCAAGAAGACUGUCAAAGAUCUAUUUAAGGAAGAGGGUUUCUCUGACAGAUUUAUUGAUGAAUUUGUUACGGGUGCAAUGCGAGUAAACUAUGGACAGACCACUGGUAUACAAGGAUUAGUAGGUGCUGUGUCAAUGGCUGGAGUAGAACGAGGUUUAUGGAAUGUUGUUGGAGGCAACCAUCAAGUUCCUCAAGGACUGUUGAGGAAAUCUGGGGCAAAUUUGAUACGAGGAAAGGUUACUGCAGUGUCACUGACGAGUGAGGGAUCACCCCCUGUUUACCAGAUAGACUACCUUCCUGGUAAAUCUACAAAUGAAGAUGAUCUCAAUUCUAAAGAAUACGACAUAGUUAUUAUCGCCACGCCAUUUUAUAAUGGGAUGACUGACAUCAAGUUCGAAGACUUUCAAACGAGUAUAGAUCCAGUUUCUGACGCUUUCCAUCUAACUGUAGCAAGUUUCAUUGAAGGUGAACCAAAUGCUUCUUUUUUCGGAUUGGACAGUGUUGACAGUUUACCAAACACAUUUUUUACAACAAACGAAAGUUGUUUUUUUAAUUCAUUUGCUAAACAGAAACCAGUUUCAGGUGAAACAGCCGAAAAGACAGUUUACAGGGUAUUUUCAAAUUCCGUACCAAACGUUGACCAGCUUAAACAGUUAGUACCGGAAUGGAGUGAUAUACGUGUGGUAAACUGGAUGGCUUAUCCGGAAUAUCCUUCCUCGGUUCAACUGCCGUCUUUCACGCUUCACGAACAGAUGUAUCACAUUAAUGCAAUAGAGAUGGCGGCCUCUGCGAUGGAAAUGAGCGCAAUAGGAGCCAAAAAUGUAGCACUAUUAGCAUAUUAUAGGUACACAGGACAGUAUGAUAAAAUUGAUGAGACUCUAACAAAGCCCGAUAAUGCUCAGAAGUCGGAACUGUGAUAUGACUUGGUAGUUAGUUGUCAUCUUCACAAUUAUUUUUAGCUCGACUAUUCAAAGAAUAGGGGAGCUAUCCUACUUGCCCCGGCAUCGGCGUCACACAAAUGUUAAAGUUUGCGUACCACCCCAAAUAUUUUUAGCUCACCUGUCACAAAGUGACAAGGUGAGCUUUUGUGAUCGCGCAGUGUCCGUCGUCCGUCCGUAAACUUUUGCUUCUGACCACUCUAGAGGUCACAUUUUUUGUGGGAUCUUUAUGAAAAUUGGUCAGAAUGUUCAUCUUGAUGAUAUCUAGGUCAAGUGCGAAACUGGGUCACGUGCCAUCAAAAACUAGGUCAGUAGGUCUAAAAAUAGAAAAACCUUGUGACCUCUCUAGAGGCCAUAUAUUUCAAAAGAUCUUCAUGAAAAUUGGUCAAAAUGUUCAUCUUGAUGAUAUCUAGGUCAGGUUCGAAACUGGGUCACGUGCCAUCAAAAACUAGGUCAGUAGGUCUAAAAAUAGAAAAACCUUGUGACCUCUCUAGAGGCCAUAUAUUUCAAAAGAUCUUCAUGAAAAUUGGUCAGAACGUUCACCUUGAUGAUAUCUAGGUUGAGUUCGAAACUGGGUCACGUGCCAUCAAAAACUAGGUCAGUAGGUCAAAUAAUAGAAAAACCUUGUGACCUCUCUAAAGGCCAUAUUUUUCAUGGGAUCUGUACGAAAGUUAGUCUGAAUGUUCAUCUUGAUGAUAUCUAAGUCAGGUUCGAAACUGGGUCACAUGCGGUCAAAAACUAGGUCAGUAGGUCUAAAAAUAGAAAAACCUUGUGAUCUCUUUAGAGGCCAUAUAUUUCAUGAGAUCUUCAUGAAAAUUGGUCAGAAUGUUCACCUUGAUGAUGUAUAGGUCAAGUUCGAAAGUGGGUCAUGUUCCUUCAAAAAGUAGGUCAGUAGGUCAAAUAAUAGAAAAAUCUUGUGACCUCUCUAGAGGCCAUAUUUUUCAUGGGAUCUGUAUGAAAGUUGGUCUGAAUGUUCAUCUUGAUGAUAUCUAGGUCAAGUUCGAAAGUGGGUCACGUGCCAUCAAAAACUAGGUCAGUAGGUCAAAUAAUAGAAAAACCUUGUGACCUCUCUAAAGGCCAUAUUUUUCAAUGGAUCUUCAUGAAAGUUGGUCUGAAUGUUCAGCUUGAUGAUAUCUAGGUCAGUUUUGAAACAGGGUCAUGUGCGGUCAAAAACUAGGUCAGUAGGUCUAAAAAUUGAAAAACCUUGUGACCUCUCUUAGAGGCCAUACUAGCCCGCCCUCUUAGCUCAGGAGUAAAAGAGCGUUGGUCUACAGAUCGCAGGGUCGUGAGUUCGAUCCUCGGGCGGGGCGUAUGUUCUCCGUGACUAUUUGAUAAACGACAUUGUGUCUGAAAUCAUUAGUCCUCUAACUCUGGUUCAUGUGGGGAAGUUGGCAGUUACUUGCGGAGAACAGGUUUGUACUGGUACAGAAUCCAGGAAUACUGGUUAGGUUAACUGCCCGCAGUUACAUGACUGAAAUACUGUUGAAAAACGGCGUUAAACCCAAAACAAACAAACAAAAGAGGCCAUACUAUUGAAUGGAUCUCCAUAAAAAUUGUUCAGAUUGUUCAUCUUGAUGAUAUCUAGGUCAAGUUCGAAACUGGGUCACAUGCCGUCAAAAACUAGGUCAGUAGGUCAAAUAAUGAAAAAACGUUGUGAACUCUCUAUAGGCCAUAUUUUUCAUGGGAUCUGUAUGAAAGUUGGUCUGAAUGUUUAUCUUGAUGAUAUCUAGGUCAAGUUUGAAACUGGGUCAACUGCGAUCAAAAACCAGGUCAGUAGGUCUUGAAAUAGAAAAACCUUAUGACCUCUCUAGAGGCCAUACCUUUGAAUUGAUCUUCAUGAAAAUUGGUCUGAAUGUUCACCUUGAUGAUAUCUAGGUCAAAUUUGAAACUGGGUCACGUGCCUUAAAAAACUAGGUCAAUAGGUCAAAUAAUAGAAAAACCUUUAUGACCUCUCAAGAGACCAUAUUUUUCAAUGGAUCUUCAUGAAAAUUGGUCAGAAUUUUUAUCUUGAUAAUAUCUAGGUCAAGUUCAAAACUGGGUCACAUGAGCUCAAAAACUAGGUCACUAUGUGAAAUAAUAGAAAAAACGACGUCAUACUGAAAACUGGAUCAUGUGGGAAGCGGUGAGCGAUUCAGGACCAUCAUGGUCCUCUUGUCAAAGUCCAUUGAGAUAUUGCUUUCAUAUUUUGCAUACUUGUUUACCAUCAUGACCCCAGUCUGUAAACAGGAGCAGACAACUCUAUCAAGCAUUUUGACUGAAUUAUGGCCCCUUUUCGACUUAGAAUAAAUGUUAAAGUUUGCGUACCACCCCAAAUAUUUUCAAAGUCCAUUGAGAUAUUGCUUUGAUAUUUUGCAUACUUGUUUACCAUCAUGACCCCAGUCUGUAAAAAGGAGGAGGCAACUAUAUCAAGCAUUUUGACUGAAUUAUGGCCCCUUUUUGACUUAGAAUAAAUGUUAAAGUUUGCGUACCACCCCAAAUAUUUUCAAAGUCCAUUGAGAUAUUGCUUUGAUAUUUUGCAUACUUGUUUACCAUCUUGACCCCAGUCUGUAAAAAGGAGGAGACAACUCUAUCAAGCAUUUUGACUGAAUUAUGGCCCCUUUUCGACUUAGAAUAAAUGUUAAUGUUUGUGUACCACCCCAAAUAUUUUCAAAGUCCAUUGAGAUAUUGCUUUGAUAUGUUGCAUACUUGUUUACCAUCAUGACCCCGGUCUGUAAAAAGGAGGCGGCAACUCUAUUAAGCAUUUUGACUGAAUUAUGGCCCCUUUUUGACUUAGAAUAUGCUUAUUGUAAUGUUAAAGUUUUACUCAUAGCUUAUAUUAUACUAUCAAGCACUGAGAAUAGUCGAGCGCGCUGUCAGCUGACAGCUCUUGUUACCAUGUCCUUAUAACUCAUUUUGUUAAAUCUUCACAAUUCAUUUUUUUGUCAUCUGAAUAGCUCAUUUUGUUUGUGAAAUUCACAUCUGUUUUGUAUCGUACUCCCAGUUCAUUUAGUGGAGUCUGUAUAUGUCAUUUUGUGCCAUUUUUAGCUUGCCAUGACAAAAGUCAUCAGAGCUAUUGCAGUACCCUGGCAAUGGCUUAAGUGUUUGUUAAUGAUUCUCAGCAAGCUCCUGUCUCAGGUGUUACUCACAACUGAAUGAAACUUAAUACAUGCCUUUCCCUUGAUAAUACCAACUGAAUGACAUAGGUUACUCUUAAAUACAAUUUUAUGAAGUUAUGCCCAUUUUUAUACUUAGCCUUUGUUUUGCAACAAAGUUGUGUGCAUGAUAAUCAGCAAGUUGGUAUCUCUAUAACUACUCAUCACAACUAAACAAAACUAAAGACAUUUCUUUGAAAUGGUAAUACCAACUGAAUGACAUAGAAGCUCUUACUCUUGCUUUCAUUUCAGUGAAAUUAUGUCCCUUCUUGUAGAGCAAAAUACUGUUUGCGAUUGUCAGGCAGUUAGUGUUUCAGUUUACUACUCCUCAAAACUAAACGAGCUUCACACAUUUCUUUGCCAUGGUAAUACCAACUGUGUGUCAUAGGUCCCAUAACUCUUGCUUUCAUUUUGUUGAAGUUAUGCCCCUUUUUGUACAUGGUCAUAUUUUUCUCUUCUUUUAUCACAGUAUUCUUUUCGCAAUUGUCAGCCAGUUAGUAUCUCAAUAACUGUCCAUCUGUCUGCACUCUCACACCCCCCUUACAAUCACUGCCCUACACACUUACCUCACCCAACCAAAAGCAUUUCCUUACCCUAAGUAAUUAUGUUUCUUGAUAUUGUAUAUUAGUUUUCAGCCUUAUAUGCUUUUACCACACUCCAACCCACCUCUUCCCACAAAAAAAAAACACCCCAAAACUUCCUUUGUCUUCAUCCCUCUCUUAAUGUUUUGUUAUUUGCCCUCGCUUGCCUACAUUACUCAUUACAUUAUUGUGUGUAUAAGCAAAAGUUAUUGGGAGAUGAGGUCAUGAGGGUUUUGACAUGUCACACAUUUAAUCUGUUAGCAUUUUAGACGUUUGUAAAUAUUUUAUAUAGGAUUUGUUAAAACUAGGACUUCCAUUGCUAGAAACUUUUGUUUUUAUGUACCAAAUUACAGUAAGACACUUAUAGAGAAAAAGAUCAAUUUGGUUGAAAGAAAUAGUUCCAUCUGAUUUCAUUUCAAGAUUGCAUAGUUGUUAAAUGAACUAUUCUUUGUUGAUGCGCACUUAACAAAAGUGCGCAUAAAUAUAUUUCAUCUUGUCCGUGUGCAAGUUUUAUUAACCCUUAGCCUGCUGCAGGCGAAUUUAACAGCCUUUGCAAACAGCUUGGAACCAGAUCAGACGCCGAUUAAAUCGGCGUCUGAUCAGGUUCCAAGCUGUUUGCUACUCUGACAAUAUUUCUUCCAAUUUUGGAGCAAAUUGAAUGAACUUUACUAUUUUAGCAGAUGACAUUUCCAGCAGACGACAAUUUAUCUAGCAUGCUAAGGGUUAACUUUUAUUAAUUUCUGCCCAUCUAGUCUAAAAGCUUUUAUAAUUGUUGCCAUUUAAUGAGGUCAGUAUGAAAAUUUAUUGUAUACCUUUUCUGUCGGAGGAACAUUAAAUCUACUGAAUGUAUUUAAAUAUGUAAAACUUGAAAAUGAAUAUUACCAUAAGGAACUUUACCAUGUUAGACAAUUAAUUUUUUUUUUUUUUUUUUUUUUUUUUGAAUAUUUCAAGAUAGCUUUUUUUCUGCAUGAAAUAGUGCUAGGGACCAUAUGUUGUGUUUUUGAACAUUUUUGUAUGUGCAAGUUAUAUACAUAGAUUAGUUUUGUGUUCAUUAAGUAUACCUGUUAUGAUAUGCAGCAAUAGUUUACCAAAGUGUUUUCAUUCAAUAUAGCUUACCCAUUUUCUGGUAAAUCAGAUGUUUAUGGAAACAAGUUCUUGGGACAUCUUUUAUAAUUACCUGUAAACUGUGUAGCUCUCCAAGCAGAAGAGCCAGUGGACCAGAAUUAAAGUUUUGUGUGGAGGGUUUUAGUUUUAAAAAGAUUUUGUGGGUGGAAUGCAAAUGUUGCAAAACUAGUUGUAAAUGAUAAUUUGGAAACAUGGUAAAUUUAAAAACCUGAACUUGUUAAGUUACGCUGAGAGCUUGUUUGUUUGUAUGUAAACUUAUUUAUAGUCAUCACUUGUAACUCGUUUGGUGAUUCUUCCUCUAGAAUAAUCAGACUAUUAGUGGGAGGGUAGUACAAGAUACAGAACACCUUCCCUGAUUCUUUAAAGUGCCAGGUGUAUAGCACCCAUACAUAAGAUUCUUAUCCCAAUGCUAGUAAUUUUAGUUGGAGUGGGGGUUCUAACUCGUGACCCCUGGUUUCCUAGUUAGUGUUACUACUGGACCGCAGCAUAUGAGCCGCGCCUUGAGAAAACUAACAUAGUAGGUA